AACAAAUUAUGCACUUCAUAUUUUUAAUAAGCCUUUAUUUAUGAACAUAGUUCCAUUAGUGAAAAUCACAACCAUGUCUGCAAAUCAUCUUCACUUCCCUUAAACUCCAACAUCUUUGUUAAGGUCUUCAUCUUCUUCAAAAAGGUUUGCAGGUUACCAUGGCAGUGAUUCCAUUGCGUUUCAAAAUGCCAUAUAAAGAUCAAAAUCAUGACUGCAAAUGCAAGGGUUUGCAAUGGAAUCCAUUGCGUAUUUCUUUAGGUAUCUUAACAAAAGCUGACGUUAGGGACAAAAAUGGAGGUUUUAAUGGAUUUCAAUGGCGUCUUUGGACAUUGAAUGGUGUUCAUCCGAGACCCUUAUCCAUGAAAGCAUUGCCCAAAGAAAGUUCACAGCUGAGGUCUUUGGAUUCUUAUUUUCAAAAAUUACAAGAAUAUUCAAAUAAGGGUUCUUCAAUGGAGUUGGUUGCUAGAACUGGAGAAAGUAGCAUGAAGAAGGGCCUGCUGGAAUCUCUGGAGGCUUAUCUUGGCAAACUCGAUGAAGAUUCAAUGCCUAAAAGCUAUGGCGAAACUCCUGAUGACAACCAAACUGUACUUCCAUUUUCUUUCGAAGAAUAUGCUAAGAUAGACGAAAAUGCAAAGUUCAGAAGCGAUAUCGGCUUCAGGAUAAGAGAUGCUAACAGAGUCUCACACAAGUCUGAAGCUUUGAACUACUCUGAUGAAGCCUCUCAUCUCUACUUAAUAGGUAUAUUGGCUUCCAUAAACAUUGCAGUUUUCAUAUUCGAAAUCGCCACUCCAGUUAGAAUCCCCGAGUUGGAGCUUUUCUCGAUUCCUUCAUUAUAUGGAGCUAAAAUAAACGAUCUUAUUCUGGUUGGAGAAUGGUGGAGGCUUGUGACACCAAUGUUUCUGCAUUCCGGGAUUCUUCAUGUAUCUCUUGGUUGUUGGGGGCUUCUUUCUUUCGGGCCCCAAGUUUGCAGACAUUAUGGAUCGUUCACAUUUUUCUUAAUAUAUUUGCUCGGGGGGUUCGCCGGAAACUUGAUAAGCUUCCUUCAUACACCGGAUCCAACAGUUGGUGGCACGGGACCAGUUUUUGCUGUGAUCGGUGCAUGGCUGAUUUAUCAAAUACAAAACAGAGAUGUGAUGUCAAAGGAUAAUUCGGAUAGAAUGUUCCAAAAGGCAAUACUUGUGACGGCUCUUAGCUGCAUAUUAAGCAAUUUCGGUCCGAUCGAUGACUGGACACAUUUGGGAGCUGCGUUUAGUGGUAUAGCAUAUGGUUUUUUCGUAUGCCCUUCGCUGCAGUUGGAUGAGAUAUCUUCAAGAAGUGGUCAAGAAGAAGAGAUGAGAGUGGUGGGGAGAUUCGGUGAUCCACGCAAAUCACUCAUUUUGUUUGCUGUUUCCGUUCUUGUUUUCAGCUCUUUGGUUUUCUUUAUAGAACCUCCGAUUGGUACCACGGAAUUUGGGUUUUAGGUUAGUCGAUGACAUGCAGCAAGUCCAAACAUUGCUCGCAUACUAGCCAUAGCUUCUUUUGUACAAAUUAUAUAUGUAAUAAUUAUGUACUGUGGUGCCACCUCCCUUUGAGUGAGAUGAUAGAAAUCUUGUAUAAAUCGUAGUAAAGUAACUUCUU